AUGGUGAAGAAGGCAGUAUUGAUAGGAAUCAAUUACAUAGGAACCGAGGGAGAGCUAUUGGGUUGCGUCAAUGAUGUCAAGCGGACGCAUAAAUCACUCGUCGAACUGUUCGGAUUCUCGGAGGAGAACAUCACUGAGCUGAUUGAUACCGACUUGUCCGAAACCCAACCAACCGGCAAGAACAUCCGACAGGCUUUGUUGGGUCUUGUUACGUCAGCUAAAUCCGGUGAUGUCCUCUUUGUUCAUUACAGUGGACACGGGACAAGGUUGCCGGCGGAGACCGGAGAAAAAGAUGAUACUGGGUUCGAUGAGUGUAUUGUUCCCUCCGAUAACAAUUACAUCACUGAUGAUGAUAUCAGGGAAAUUGUGAGUAAGGUGCCUAAAGACUGCUCAAUUACAAUCGUCUCCGACUCUUGUCACAGUGGUGGUCUCAUUGACUCAUCCAAAGAGCAAAUAGGAGACAGCUUCAAAAAGAAGCCCAAGAAAGAAUUCAAACUCCCAUUUGGACUUUUCAGUUCCAAAGGCUCCACCCGUGAUACCAUGGUAGAAGCAGAAACAUCAGCCAAGACUAACAAGAUCGAAGAAGAAACUGGUGGCAGAAGCAGACUUCUACCACUUCAGACUUCAAUCAACAUGUUGAAGCAGAAAACAGGAAGAGAUGAUAUCAAGCUGGGAAACAUCAGGCUGACCCUUUUUGAUGUAUUUGGAGAAGAUGCAUCCCCAAAAGUGAAAAAGUUCAUGAAAGUGAUUCUAAGCAACAUGCAGAAGAGUGUUGGUGGGGUUUUGUCAUUGGGACAGAGUCUAGGUGAGGGUUUGAUAUUGGGACAUAUAGGGAAAGUGGCAACGGAUUUUCUAGGGGACAAGCUGAAAGAUGAGGAGUAUUUGAAACCCGCCAUGCAGACACAAGUCAAGAACAAGAAAGAGGUUUAUGCAGGGGCGAGUAAUGGUGGACUUGUAGACAAUGGUGUUCUGCUUAGUGGAUGCCAGAGUUAUCAAAAGUCCAAGGACAUGGGAGACACUAAAGAGGAAGCCUUUGGAGCAUUUACUGAUUCUAUACAGAAGAUACUCGCUGAGACAAAAGGUAAGAUAAGCUACAAAGAACUGGUUUCCAAGUCCAGAAUGCUUCUUGAGAAAGGUGAAUAUACUCAGCGCCCGGGGCUGUAUUGCACCGAUAGUUAUCUGAAUGCUCAGUUUAUUUGCUGA